UAGUCCUUUGAAAAUGGCGGGAAUUUUAAUGGGCCUGUCCAGAGUUUAGAUGUAACUUCCAUCAUGGCCUCUUGUAGCAGCAAAAGUGGGCCUGAAGAAGCAUUAUAUGAAUUUAGUAUGGAUCCAAUUUUUUGGGCAACUGCUAAGUUGUUUAUUUGCGAUAUCUUGGAGCUGCAAUCAUCAACGACGUUGCCAGAUACUUUUUUGCUGUACAAUCGAACCAUUUCAAGAGUAUGUAUUAUGGGGUAUAUUGUUGGAGUUAAAAAGAGAGAAAAUGUGUCUGAGUUUAUAGUUGAUGAUGGCACAGGGGUGAUUUCAUGUUUUGACUGGGACCAUCUUUCAUAUCUCAAAGAUCAGAAAGAAGUUCUAAAACAAACAACUGAUACAGAAGGUUUUAAUAUUGGGAUGUUGGUUAAACUCCAUGGCAAACUUUCUGUCUUCAGAAAUGAAAAGCAAAUCACCAUUGAAGCUAUCCGCAAAGAGAAUGAUGCCAAUGCAGAGAUACAUCAUUGGUUGCAAAUUAUAUCUUUGAACCAAGAGGACUACCAGUUAUGCGAAAAGUCACCAAGUCACCAGGGCAGUGGAGAGUAAAGGAUUGAACAGUUUGGUCAUUUGGGCAGAAUAAACAAAGUUGGGGCAAAUUACCUUCAUGUUGGUAUCAGUUGUACCUUGUCUGCUGUGAGUGGGUAGGCUGAUCAAAAGAGUCAGUGCUAAAUAUGUUAUACUGUGUAAGGCCAUGCCAAGGGCUUGAUGAAUUGUCUUGGUGCUGGCAAAAGGGUGGCAUUGGCAUUGACAAUGCUGUCUAUUAGACCCAACAACAGAGCUGAAAACUGAUUAUUGUUACGUUACAUUAAGUUAUUGUUACUCCUAUUAAUUUGCUAUGGCACAGUUAUAAAGAAUAAAUUAUAAAUUCACAGCAAUGUCCAAAGAUCUUGGUUUUGAGGUUGUUAAAAAUGCAUAUAUGUAACAAGUAUCAAUUUGCAAAACUUUCAAAGAAA